AUGGGUGAAACUAUAUGGAAGUUAUUUGUUUGCUCUAAAGAGGGAAAAACAGACGAGACCUAUCAGAUGUCUCGUAAAAAUGCUGUGCCACGGGUUAGCGAAAAAAAUCGUGGACAUACACGGCUUGAGUGCAAUGCUAGAUUGUCGGUGGUGAAGCAACAAACUGGCAAUAGUUGGGUGGUUAGCCACUUUGUGGAGGAACACAACCAUGGUCUAACUACUCUUAGUAGAGUACAUUUGUUAAGAUCACAUCAAAAAGUCUCGGCGACAAAGAAGGCACUUGCACAACAAUUUUCGGAAGCCAAUAUACCAACAUAUCAACAAGUGCCACUGAUAGAGAUAGAGUCGGGAGGUCCAUCAUCAAUGGGUUGUACUAAGAAAGAUAUUAGGAAUCAUGUUAGCUUGUUACGUCAUCAUGAUGCUGAAACACUAAUCGAGCAUUUCACAUUUGAGAGAGAAAAAAAUCCAAACUUUUUCUUUGAUUACGAUACAGACUCGGACAAUAGGAUGCUUCGUUGUUUUUGGGGUGAUUCUGAGUCAAGAAGAUCAUAUGCCUUCUUUGGCGAUGUCGUGGUGUUUGAUACAACCUACAACACCAACAAGUACUCGAUGAUAUUUGCCCCAUUUUUUGGUGUAAAUCAUCAUGGCCAGACCAUUAUUUUUGGUUGCGGAUUGUUAAGUGAUGAGACGAUAGAAUCAUUUGUUUGGUUGUUUUCGAAGUUCUUAGAAGCCAUGCUAAACCAAGCGGCCCCUGUUGUUAUAAUCACUGAUCAAGACGCUGCAAUUUCAAAGGCUAUCUCAAUGCUAUUGCCGCUCACUCUGCACUAA